CACCGACACACCCCUAGGGCUGAAGAGGGAGUUCACGCUCAGAUGGAAUCGGCACUGACUCUUCUGAAUCUUUUCUGCUGUUGCUUGUAGAUUCCUCUUACAACACAGAGCCCAGGGAGAAGAUCCUGACCUGAUGCUCACACACUACCUGUUACAGAUGGAGAUCAGUCUCAGAUCAGUCAGGGAUUCGACACUGACUCUGACUCUUCUGAAUCUUUUCCUGCUGUUACAUGGAGUUUCCUCUGACACUGAGUUCGAGAUCUCGGUUCCCACGGGUGUACAGAUGGGUGUGUACGGCGAGGCGGUCCAUCUGUCCUGCGUGUUCCCAGUGAGCGACUCGUGGGACGCAGACAGCAUAAUGAUCAUGUGGCUGCACAACCUAGAGGUGGUCCACAGUUUCUUUCAUGGCCAAGACCAGCCACAAUACCAAAGCCAGACAUACGCCAACCGCACCAGCCUGUUCCACCAGGAGAUGAAGAAGGGGAACGCGUCGCUCAGGCUGGACCGCACCACUCUGGAGGACGCGGGGGAGUACACCUGCUCCGUCAGCACUCGGCUGGUCAGGCAGAGUAAGAGUUUCCCCCUCAAAGUAGCAGCGUUCUACUAUGAACCUCAUCUGAAAAUCUCUUUGCUGGACAACGGCCACAUGGAGGUUCUGGUGACCUCAGAGGGUGGGUUCCCCUCUCCCUCCCUGCAGUGGCUGAUGGGAAACUCCAGGGACGUCACCAACCACACGCACACGCAGCUGAGUAAGGACCAUCACACAGGUCUGUACAGCGUGAACAGUAAACUGAUCCUAAAUGGAACCGUCAACUCCUCCAUCACCUUCAUCAUGAAGAACCCAGAUCUGGACCAGACCAUCAGGAGGAACAUCGACCUCUUCUCAGAAAAUGGAGGCUCUGACCAGAGGAGCCAGCGAGCAGGACUCAUUGUGCUUUCUGUUGUUGUAGUUAUUUUACUCACUGUGAUCAUUUCACUAAUUAUCCUUCAACACCGAAUGAUGAAAAAGGAAAAAUCCCGGAAUACAGAGACUAACAACGGGUCAUCAGAAGCUUCGAUCCAUCAGACAGCAGCUGAAAAACCUUCAAUGGAUGAAUCUGAAAGUGUUAAAGAAUCCCUGAUAAAGGAAGAUCUCGGGCCAGGCAGCUAGACUAGAAGAAGAAAUGUAGUUUAUUUAUUAGACUUUUUUUUAAGCUCUCCACCAACUGGCCUUCAGCAGAGCAUUCAGUGAUUAAGGCAGAUGUGUGGAGUCACAGUGAGAGGAGACAUGGGAGACAUACGGGCCGGAGUCUUCACCAGGGAGCGCUUGUGCUCGUGUUCCAGCGUAGUUUGUGAGACCUAGACAUGGAUUCUGUUGGCUACUGGCUUGUUAUUGGGAGCCUGAGUGACCUUGUACUUCCGGGCUGAACAGCGAGGCUCGGCUGCUCAGCUGCUCGUCUGCGUCUACAAGCAUUUAAACAGACGAAUUCGGAAACCUGGAACUUUGUUCCUUUUAAAGACUACAAGCUGAUAGUAAACACUAACUGCACUUGCAGCUUGAGUUUCGAUGUCCUCCGAUUUCUCAGUGUUUUCUGACUGAGCCUGAAAUAGUAACAUGCUCACUACACAAUAAUGAGCAAUAAAAAUCUGCAGUCUUCUCUUAGAAUGGGGCAAUUUGCUAACGAUUCCAAAGUGAACAAGAAAAACAAACCUUCACCGAUUUCUGGAGCACCUCCAUCUGCUUGUUCCUCCUCUUACUAUGUUGUUGUUUUUCCUUCUUGAUUCCGAACAGAAGGUCCCAGGAGAAGGAGCGUUUCUUGUGUUAUGCCUUUAUCACAGCUUAUUAUACAGAUCCGACUCGUAUCGAUCUGAAAGACAUUUUAAUUGGAGAAUUAAAACCAUUCUUUGAAAUUCACCCUUUGAAAUGUGAGGGUUAAAUUAGCUACUGCAUGGUACCAGUGUUGUAUAAAGUACUAGAAAGCAAUACUUGAGUAAAAGUACAAGUAUCGUACUAGAAAAAGACUUCAGUAGAAGUGAAAGUCACCUUCUAGAAUAUUACUCAAGUAAAAGUCUUAAAGUAUCUGAUAUUUACUGUACUUAAGUAUCAAAAGACAUUUUCUGAUAUUUAAUGUACUUACGUAUUUGAAGUAAAAGUAAAAAGUAAAAUUUCAGUGAUUUUCGGUAGGGUUUCAUCUUUAGGGGGUUUUAGCCCUCAGUGAGAAUUUAAAACAAUAUAUUAUUUAUAUUAUAUAUUAUAUAACUACAUAGUAAGCCAAAAGUUAUGGUAUUAUUAAAUGGCAAAAGUGGACACCAAAAUUUUAUGCAUGAUGUAAUGAUGCCAGUCUCGAAUCAGAUCAGUUCAUGUAUGUGUGCAUUCUCUACAAACAGUGUGUCCAAUGAAUGCAGUCAUUAAUAAACUAAUUAAUAAAUAAAUGUUAUUUUUAUUUAGUAUUGAA